AUGCCGCGAUUCAGAAUAAAGGCUGGCUCCUCCUCGACCUAUCUCAACCCUCCCACCCCAUUGCCGCAAGGCCAAUUGGCUAAAGAGGUGGCUUCCCCAUCAUCUUCCGCCGUCCCACCCUCCCCGACCUCCUCGACUUCCCGUACCCCACUCAGCAGCGAUGCCGGCCAGACUGCUCCAUCAGCACUCCACCCUCGGGUGGCUGUCAUUCUGGGUGUCGACCGCAGGUGGUAUAUUCCCUUGUUGGUCUGUCGCGCGCUAAGCACGCUGCCCGCUGCUUGGUGGGGGCUGCGAUGUGCGUUUACCUUCUUGGCUGAGCUUCUGCAUAUUCGGCCGGGGAUGGGACGGGAGGGGUGGGCGGCGGCGAUUGUUGGUAGUGUUGGACAGGAAUGGGAUGUUGAGAGGAGAUUCCGUGUGACGGAGGUGGCUUUGGCUAUUAUGUGGUGCUGCGCAUCCGCAUACCUUUCAUAUUUCUUCGCUGAUUGCAUGAUGUCUCGAUGGCUUCUAAACUACACACCGCCAGCCGUUGUGAUCCGCCUGUUAACCACAAACGGCCUGAUAGCAUAUAUAACAUCUUGGGUGCUCUACCUAUCCGGCGCAUCCUCGGACCCUCGACUACUCCUACCGGCCUGGAUAUCCAUAACAACUUCUUUAACAUUCGUCUACCACGCAACCCAAAACCACGCCACAAUAAAACGCGAAACAGCAGCUUCCCUGCUAGUCGUCUCAGUAGCAAGUUUCCUAAGCAUGUCCUCACUCCUCAUGCAGCUCCAUCUAACGCGUGAAAAUGAACCCGAAGUCCCUGUUUUCGUUAUCACGCGCAAAUUGUGGGAUUGGGCCGUUGCUAUCUUCCUGCGUAUGCGUAUUGCGGAUGAGAGGGUUGUUGUCGGGGAGUUGUAG